GGGCCAGCAGGUUAGGUUGCGGGCCUGGUUUUCCGCUGCGACCUCCUCGCCUCAGAGCGGACGGGGGGGAAAAAAAACGCGAACGGUCGUCGCCGCCGCCGUCCGUCCGUCCGCUUUGUCGACGGCCCCCAACCGGAGCUUCGAGGCCAAAAAGUGUGGGGGUGGGGGGGGGUUCGGCGAAGCGGCGUUCAGUUGACGUUUCGUGAGGGAAGGAAGGAGGGAAAGGGAAAAGGAAAAGGAAGGAAAGCGCUCGGUGACCCUCGACCCCGACACACGACGCCCCGCGCAUCGGCGAGAAGGAGCCCCAACUGAGCUAAACCAUGAAUUGGAAUAAAGGAGGGACUGGAGGAAAGAGGGGAUUUGGCUUUGGUGGUUUUGCCAUCGCGACUGGAAAGAAAGAAGAAUCAAAUCUGCCGAAGACAUCCCAUUCCGUAUUUGGUGCAAUGGGCCCUGGUGGAGGCUAUGGGAAAGGCCAGGUAUCUCAGACACCCUGCUUUUACAAAGUUGGAUCAAAGCGCCCAAACUUUGACGAAGAAAAUGCAUAUUUUGAAGAUGAUGAUGAAGAUGACAAUUCAGCCGAUGUGGAUUUGCCCUACAUCCCUGCAGAGAACUCUCCAACCAGACAGCAGUUCGCUUCAAAAUCUCGAGACUCUGAUGAUAGUGAAGAGGAUCCUUUAGAUGCUUAUAUGGCUGAAGUGGAGGACCAGGCAGCAAAAGAUAUCAAAAGACUCGAUGAAAAGGAAAGCGAUAAGAAAAAUGCAAAGGGUAUAAGGGAUGACAUUGAAGAGGAAGAUGAUCAUGAAGCCUACUUUAGGUACAUGGCUGAAAAUCCGAAUGCUGGUGUGGUUCAAGAGGAAGAUGAGGACAAUAUGGAAUAUGACAGCGAUGGUAACCCUAUACCUCCACUAAAGAAAGUGAUUGAUCCUCUGCCUCCUUGUGAUCAUUCUGAGAUCGAAUAUCAGCCAUUUGAGAAGAACUUCUACAUCGAACACGAGGAGUUGGCCAAGCUUACACCGGUGCAAUUAGCUGAACUCAGACAGAAGUUGAACCUGAGGAUCUCUGGCGCCGACGCUCCCAAAACCUGCAGCAGUUUUGCUCACUUUGGGUUUGAUGAGCAGCUGAUGCAUCAGAUCCGAAAGUCCGAGUACACACAGCCAACACCCAUACAAUGUCAGGGUGUCCCCAUUGCGCUGGGGGGCAGGGACAUGAUUGGAAUCGCUAAAACUGGGAGCGGUAAAACCGCAGCCUUCAUCUGGCCAAUGCUCGUUCACAUCAUGGAUCAGAAGGAGCUGGAACCUGGGGAUGGACCCAUUGGUGUGAUCGUCUGCCCUACCAGAGAGCUCUGCCAGCAGAUUCAUUCAGAAUGCCGGAAGUUUGGCAAAGCCUAUAACCUGAGGUCCGUGGCCGUAUAUGGCGGUGGCAGCAUGUGGGAGCAGGCAAAGGCUCUGCAAGAAGGAGCAGAGAUUGUUGUGUGCACACCAGGCCGGUUGAUAGAUCAUGUAAAGAAAAAGGCUACCAACCUGCAGCGAGCAACCUAUUUAGUGUUCGACGAAGCUGACAGAAUGUUUGACAUGGGGUUUGAAUACCAGGUGCGAUCAAUAGCCAGUCAUGUUCGUCCAGACAGACAGACUUUGCUCUUCAGUGCUACAUUCCGAAAGAAGAUCGAGAGGCUGGCACGAGACAUCCUCAUUGACCCUAUCCGUGUUGUACAGGGAGACAUCGGCGAGGCGAACGAAGAUAUUACGCAGAUUGUGGAAAUAUUCCUGAGCGGUCCCGAUAAGUGGAACUGGCUUAACCGGAGACUUGUGCAGUUCACGUCCUCUGGCAGCGUCCUCAUCUUUGUGACUAAGAAAACCAACUGCGACGAGCUAGCUACCAACCUCAACCAGGAGGGCUACACUGUGGGGCUACUGCACGGAGACAUGGACCAGAGCGAAAGGAACAGAGUCAUCUCUGACUUCAAGAAAAAAUCUAUUCCUAUACUCGUGGCUACAGACGUAGCAGCACGUGGUUUGGAUAUUCCAUCAAUUAAGACCGUUGUUAAUUAUGACGUGUCUCGUGAUAUUGAUACACACACUCACAGGAUUGGGCGUACUGGCAGAGCAGGAGAGAAGGGGCUAGCGUACACCUUAAUGACUGCCAAGGACAGUAACUUUGCUGGGGAUCUGGUCCGUAAUUUGGAGGGAGCCAAUCAGUACGUUUCCAAAGAGCUGUUGGACCUGGCGUUGCAGAACCCAUGGUUUCGGAAGUCCCGUUACAAAGCAGGGAAAGGGAAGAGGCUGAAUAUUGGCGGAGGAGGACUAGGUUACAGGGAGCGUCCAGGCCUGGGUUCAGAUAUUGCAGAAAGGCCAAGCUGCAAUGCGCUGACUAAUUAUGAAGCAUACAAACCAUCCACAGGAGCAAUGGGUGAUAGGAUGUCAGCCAUGAAAGCAGCAUUCCAGUCGCAGUACAAAUCUCACUUCAUCGCGGCCACUGGUACUGCCCCGAAGGUCACAGGGUCCUCCAGUAGCAGCAGCAACUGGACCAGUGCUGGGAGUUUGAGCAUUGUCCCCAACUGCCCUCUUGGUGGGGUACCCACCAACCAACCCCCGGGGGCUGGCACCAACAGUGGCACUCGGAACAAAGACAGCGGCGGUCGGUCUCCUGAAUUCAAGGGUCGUCCUACUGAGGGUGGCAGUAACCGUCCUAUUGAGGGUGUCAGUAACCGUCCUGACAGUGGCCGCCACGUGGAAGGCAAUGCCCGCCAUCUUGAAGGGGCUGGUGGACGCCAUCUCGAAAGCAGCAGCAGUCGUCACGGUGAGGGGGGUCGUCACGGGGACUCCGGGGGCCGGCACUCCAGCAGCAAGUACAACGACCGGAGCGACGGCCGGCACGGCGAGAGGAACAGCGAGCGCCACGGAGACCGGGGAGGCGAGCGCCACGCGGAGAGCAGGCACGGGGAGCGGAGCGCGGAUAACAGGCACGGCGAUCGGCACGGCGAGAGGGGGGCGGAGAGCAGGAGUGGCGGCGGGGGCGGCAAUGGCGACACCAGAAACGGAGACAGCAGGAGCGCCAGUCGAAACAAUUCCAUCGGGAACGACGGCUUUGCUGUGCCAGAGCCACCGCCCAGAAAGAAGAAGAGCAGAUGGGACAAUUAAUCCCUGGAUCCGUGCCGUGCACUUUCCUGCAGGCACUUGCAGCGUGCUUCAUUUUUUGAAUCCAUGUUUUAAAAAAAAACUACUGGGCAUAGUUUUAUCUGGAUAACCAACGCAAAAUGGACACUACACACACACAAAAGGAUUUUUAUUUAGAGUAGUGAGCUAUGUACCUUGUAUGUUAGUACUUGUAUUUGAAAUUGAAAUGAAAUUCUGUAUAUUGCAGUCCGUUGGGAGGUUUUCAAUUUGUCAAAUACUUUCAAUAUAACGUCGAAUCGACUUGU